UCAGCUGAUAAUCUUGAUAUCAUAGUAAAUAUUUUACAGUGUAGAUUGUAUGCAUAUUAAUUUAUAUUGCGAAGUAUUUCGUAUUGUGUUGAUUAUCAAAUGAAGUCCUAUGCUUAUCAAUAUUUGGUUUCCUUAGCUUUUCGCAAUUAAUAUAAUAAUAUUAAUGCAAAUUUGAUGCUUUGAUUACUCUCUUACUUAUUGUAUUUUGGACGUGAUAUGAAUGUGUAAAUAACACUAUGGUUGAGCCAAUAUUUGAUUAUCAGUUUCGACUUAUUUUAAUCGGAGAUAGCACUGUGGGAAAAAGUUCACUCCUAAAGUAUUUUACUGAUGGCAAAUUUGCUGAGGUGUCUGACCCUACAGUUGGAGUUGAUUUCUUUGCAAGAUUAAUUGAAGUUAAAGAUGGGACUCGGAUAAAACUCCAACUUUGGGACACUGCUGGCCAGGAAAGAUUUAGGUCAAUAACAAAAUCGUACUAUCGAAAUUCUGUUGGAGCAUUGCUAGUGUAUGAUAUUUGCAACCGCACAAGCUUCGAUAACAUCCCAGCUUGGAUGUUGGAAGCUAAAAGACACAUUGAACCUCAUCGCCCAGUCUUUGCCUUAGUAGGCUGUAAACUGGACCUCAUACGAGUAGGAGCAGCUCGAGAGAUCAGUGAAGAAGAAGUGAAGGCAUUCGCAGAUAAACAUAAUAUUUUUUCUAUAGAAACCUCUGCUAGGACAGGUCUUAAUGUUGAAGAAGCAUUUGCAGCUAUUACUCAAGAGGUUUACAACAGGAUACAAUCAGGAGAAUACAAGUUGGAAGAUGGCUGGGAUGGAAUUAAGACAGGAUUUACAAGACCAAGUGGUUUUGAUUUCAAUCUAGUUGAGGCAGAACCGGCAAAAUCUACAUGUUGCUAAAUUUAGUAUGUUGCUUUUUGAAAUGUAUUAUAGUAGAUUUUUAUAAAUAUUGUAUAUAUAUAAACACUCAAUGACAAAUUUUACUCUAUAUAUAUAAAAUAUUUAUUGUGUAAGUUAAUUUGUAACAGUACAUAAUAUAAUAAAUAAACUGAACUUAGAUUUUAACCUUCUUGUAGAGAUUGCCCAUGUCAUUUCAGAAAAUCUGAAAUUAUGCAAUUAUUUAUUAAUUUGACAAAUUAACAGUCAAUAGUUAUUUUAUAAAGGUUUCACCUAGCAUAUUUAAGUAAUAAAUUUUACUACUUCAAAACAAUUAAUUUUAUUGACAUUUUACAUGUAUAAUUAAUGUUCUGUAGUACUUUAUCAAUUUCUUUUAUUGUAAAGACUGUUGACGAUUUUUGUAUAGAAAUUAUACAUAACAUAGUGGUAAAGAACUGUUAUUACAAUACCUGGGUUUAUCGUCUUUUGGAUUUCAAGCCUAUGACAGACUUAGGUAGAUGUGGGUGUGGAGAAUCCAAUCGUAUGCUUGCAGUUGACAUCUUUCAAUGGCAUGCAUGUGUUCAGGCACUUUACACAAUUGAAUCCACUGCCAAAGUCACUAGUUCGUAAUGUUCAGCACACAAUUAUUAUUGCUAGCAUAUUUUACUUUUUAAUUUUGAAAUUGAAUGAUAUAUUUGUUUUUAUUAAGAUUAUAGUUUGUUUUGACAUAAACUAACAAUGUAAAGAUUGUUCUAAUAACAAUAUAAACCCAAAAUGAA